GUGUGGGUCUCUUUAUUCAAGAAUAAAAUGUUACUCCUUACUAUUUACUCGAAUAGUGGUUAACAGUGAAAAGAGUAAUCUUAAAAUGGAUGAUAUAAGUCAGAGUUUCGUUGACACUGACGGGGGUAAAAACAAUGGGUACGUGAGAGCCCCGGGAUAUACGUGUUCCCUCACCAUGGCACACGAACGGGAAACUGCCAAACUCUUUCUUGCCAUCGCCAAUGGGAAAAUUCGGCAAAUAGACAGACUCUUGGGGAAGUUGGACGACAUCAAUAUCAGAGAUGGGGAGAGUAAAACGCCACUGAUGUACGCAGUAUGUUGCACCAAUGACGAAGUACGCACACACGUAGUACGCAUACUUUUACGACACGGUGCUGACGUUAACGCUCAAGAUGAGAAUGGUCAGACAGCUCUCAUGUUUGCUUGCAUGGAAUGUGAAAGAGUUGAUAUUGUGCGACUGAUAUCAAGGAAUAAGAAAUGUGAUUAUAAUAUUCAAGAUUGUGAUGGUUUCACUGCAGUCAUGCAUGCAAUUAAUUCAGCCAAUCUUUUGGCACUACGCAUGCUUGUUGAUCUUUCCACGAAGCAAGAGGUAGAUCUAAAGCUUCGUAAUGAACACAGUUUGAAUGCUCUCGAAUUGGCAGUCAAACUUCAAUUGUCCGAUUUCUGUAAGUGUUUGAUAAAUGAAGGAAACGUGAAAAUCGGUUCUGUGCGCGAUCAAAAAGGACUACGCGUACUACUAGACAGAGACACAAAAGCAAACAAAACUGAUACCAAAUUCUCAAUGGACAUUCCAACACUUCAAACUGAGAGACCAGGCACUCCCAUAUCAAACAGUUUUAGGAGGGAAUCCACGUUUGAUCGCGACAUCAGCCAAAUACUAGACGGAGGGAAUAAUGGCGGAAGACUGUCAACUGGUUCUAGAAUGCGGGAACCGAUCACGCCCAAUUCCAGUAGACAACAGGCAGAUUGGGUAGAGACCCCGCGUACGCUUCGUCGUCCACUGAAGCCCAUAGGGGGGCGAGACAAUCAUGUGACCGCAAAUAAUUACAUUCCCAGCUUACAACCGGAGUCCCCCGUGUUUGGACACAGGACGAAGCUUCCAAGCAUCCCUAGUGGAAAGCGGCUCUAUCUCGUGUCCAAUCCGCGCGGAACGUUUGAAAAUGUCCAAGAAAUCGUUUAAGAAGAAAAUCAUUGUUGUUAUUCAAUCUGUUGCAAUUAGUAUUAUUCUUGUUUUUAUACGUCCGUCGUUAGACGAGACGUAUUAUGUUAUGGCGCUGUCCGUCUGUUUCGCUGGCUGUCCGUCCGAGAUCAUGUUUUCCGGACUUUUUUACGUAACGGAUGCAUAUAGAGCGUUUAAAUUUGGUAACUUUUCCCAUAAGAAGCGUAAGAGUGAGUUUUCUAUUCAGCUGGAUUGGUGCAUCGUGACCUACUUUAGGGUUAUAAGUAGGUCAAACAGUUUUCCAGAUUUUUUUUGGUUUCAAAUACAUAUAUUGAUUUGAAAUUUUGACAAAACCUCCUUCUCAGAGAAGCACAGUUCACAUUUCAACUAAAUAUGUGCACCGUGGCCUACUUUAGGACUAAAUGUAGAUCAAAACGUUUUCCAGAUUUUCUUCGUUGUGGAUACAGGUAUUGACCUGAAAUUUUGUCACGAUCUCCAUUUCAGAGAAAUACAUAAUCAAAUUACAUUUCAACUGGAUUGAUAUAUCGUGACCUACAUUAGGACUAAAAGUAGGUCAAAAGUUUCCUGGAAAUUUGCUCAUCAUAGAUACAAAUAUAUGAAUAGUUCACAUGUCCGAUAGAUUGGUGCACCAAGACCUAAUUUAAGGCUUUUCUAUUCAGAAUGGGUGCGAUAUCUAUUCAGAGUACAUAAUGUGCUUACAUGUUGAAUUUCACCGUCCGACGGGAGUAUGUUGUACCGUUUGCGGUACUCUUGUUAUAAUUUGUUUUCUUAUUUUUAUUUUGAAUUUAACAAAUGUGAACGAGCAAAUGUGAACGAGGUACUAUGACGCGAGCUCAUAGAAUGGCUUGUGUACUUUUGUUAUUUGUUUUUUACAUUUGUGUAAACACUGAAAUGAGGCUUGUUUGUAGUUUGCUUCAUGACAUGUGACGCCAGAAUCAAUUCUUGUUAAAUCUGUUUUGACAGAUGGAAAUACAAAUAAAGAUAACUGUAAAUAAAA